ACAACAGAAAUCUCCGUUCAACAUCCAAACGACAAGAAAACAGCAGAGAGAGACAGACAGGACAGUGUGCGGAAUGUGUCCUAUGUGGCUAUUGGUGGCGAUGGUGGGCGUGGCCAAAGGAGCUGUGAGUCAGUGCUGGGAACAUCCGAGCUGUCAGGAGGUCAACUCUGAGAGUAGCAUCAUGGAGUGUAUCCAGCUCUGUCGCUCAGACCUCACCGCCGAGAUGCCUGUGAUCCCGGGGGAUCCACACCUCCAGCCUGAUACUGCAUCAGACCCCGAGCUUCUGCUUCCCCUCUCUCUUUUAUCUUCCUCCUCCCCUCAGGCCAAACGCUCCUACGCCAUGGAGCAUUUCCGCUGGGGGAAGCCUGUUGGGCGAAAACGCCGCCCGGUCAAAGUCUACACCUCCAACGGCGUGGAAGAGGAGUCAGCCGAGCUUUUCCCUGGAGAGAUGAGGAGAAGGGAACUUGGCAGCAAGAUGAUAGCAGCAACAGAGGAAGAGGAGAAGGCGCAGGAGGUGGCAGACGACGAGCAGGAGCUGCUCCCAGGUGACGUCCACGAGAAGAAAGACGGCACGUACAAGAUGAAGCACUUCCGCUGGAGCGGCCCGCCAGCCAGCAAACGCUACGGCGGCUUCAUGAAGAGCUGGGACGAGCGCGGACAGAGGCCGCUGCUCACACUCUUCAGAAACGUCAUCAACAAAGAUGGACAGCAGCAGGAGAGAGAGCAGUGA